AUGGACCCAGGUGCCAUGGAGGUUGAGAGGGAAGGUGAUGACUGUGACACCAGCUGGAGCCAAGAGCUCAGGCUCGUCCUCAUCGGAAAAACAGGAAGUGGCAAGAGUGCGUCUGGAAACACCAUCUUGCGCCGGAGGCAGUUCCUGUCUCAGUUGAGCGGCAGCUCCAUCACAAAGAUCUGUGAGUUCGGGAGCGUCGUGCUUACAGAGGAAGAGGAAGCCAAGGAAGAGGAGGAGGGCCAGGCUGUCACAGGGAGGAAGAUGAGGAGAGUCACAGUGGUUGACAUGCCAGGUUUUGGGGACACUCACCUCAGCAGGGAGGAGAUUAAUGAAGAGAUAGCCAAGUGUGUGUGUCUCUCUGCCCCCGGGCCUCAUGCCUUCCUCCUGGUGGUGCCAUUAGGACGAUACACAGAAGACGUGAACCAGGCUGUUGGUGAGAUGUCAAAGAUGUUUGGGGAGGAUGCACUCCGUCACCACACUCUGGUUCUUUUUACCAAAGGUGAUGACCUUGAUGGAAUGGGGAUUGAAGAGUUCCUGAGUAAGACUGCGCCUCCCGGGCUCGAGGUUCUGAUUAACAGGUGUAGCAGCAGGUAUCAUGUCUUCAACAACAAAGACCCAAGUAACUCAGAGCAAGUGAAAGAACUCCUGAUGAAGGUUCACAUGAUGGUGAGGCAGACCACCACAGGGUUUUAUACCAAUGAACUGUUUUCAAAGGCGGAAGCUGCCAUCAGUGAGGAGCAGGAAAGGAUGUUGAGGAAGCAAGGGGAAGGGGAAACACGAGGGGGGACUUCGACUCGUAUGAGACAGGAGGCUGUGCUCUCUGCUGAGGUCCUGGAGAAAGUAAAGAUCAUGGUAGCUGCUGUAGCCACGGGCAUGGCAUUCGUGGCAAUAGUUGGCAUAGCAGCCCCUUUGGUAACAUCAGCUGGGGCUUCCCUUGUAGAAAAAUCAUCGGGUUUCGUUGAAGGUAAACUAACAGAGAUGUCUGUUAAGGGAGGAACACGGGUUGGUGAAGGUAUGGGGGCCAUAGUGGCAGCAGCAAUAGGCGGGGCCCUGACCGUUUCUAUGGUAAACAAAAUUGACUCUGACAUCGACUGA